UGGAGUCCUCAGUCCGGCACCUGCAGGAGGAGUUCAGCCCUCAGAGGCGCUGAGCUGCAAUUCAGCGGCUGAAUUCAUGAUAAGAGCUGGAGCUGGAGCAGGUCGGCUCGCUCACACCGGAGCCUGAAGAUGAGGCGCGUGUCCAGAAGGAAAGCCCUGAGCCUGGUGAAGGAGCUGGACGCCUUCCCCAAGGUGUCGGAGAGCUACGUGGAGACGUCGGCGUCAGGAGGGACGGUGUCCCUCAUCGCUUUUAGUGCCAUGGCGCUUCUGGCUGUCCUCGAAUUCUUCGUUUAUCGAGACACUUGGAUGAAGUACGAAUACGCAGUUGACAAAGACUUUUCCAGCAAGCUGAGAAUCAACAUUGACAUUACGGUCGCCAUGAAAUGCCAGCAUGUGGGCGCAGACAUUCUGGACCUGGCUGAGACGAUGAUCACCUCCAACGGCCUGCAGUACGAGCCUGUCAUCUAUGAACUGACCCCUCAGCAGAGACUCUGGCAACGGACGCUGCUUCUCGUCCAGAGCAGACUGCGAGAGGAGCACGCUCUGCAGGAGGUGCUGUACAAAACCCUGCUCAAAGGCUCCCCGACCGCUCUGCCUCCACGAGAGGACGUCUCUCUGGAGCCGCUCAGCGCCUGCAGGAUCCACGGACACGUCUACGUCAACAAGGUGGCGGGAAACUUGCACAUCACAGUGGGAAAGCCCAUUCACCAUCCUCAGGGUCACGCACACAUUGCAGCUUUUGUCAGCCAUGACACGUACAACUUCUCCCACCGCAUCGACCAUUUGUCUUUCGGGGAGGAGGUACCGGGCAUCAUCAAUCCUCUGGACGGCACCGAGAAAAUCACCCACAACAAUAACCAGAUGUUCCAGUACUUCAUCACGGUGGUGCCGACCCGGCUGAACACGUACAGGAUCUCUGCGGACACGCACCAGUUCUCUGUGACCGAGCGGGAGCGGGUGAUCAACCACGCGGCGGGCAGCCACGGCGUCUCCGGCAUCUUCAUCAAGUACGACACCAGCUCCCUGAUGGUGACGGUCAGCGAGCAGCACAUGCCGCUCUGGAAGUUCCUGGUGCGGCUGUGUGGGAUCGUCGGCGGGAUUUUCUCCACGACAGGGAUGCUUCACAGCCUCGUUGGAUUUUGUUUCGAACUCAUCUGCUGCCGCUUCAAGCUUGGAGCCUACAGGCCCAGAGAGGAUGUGCAGCUUCAGCAGCAGCAGACCAACAACCUGAACCACCACCAGACUCCUCUGCUGGACCAGGAGCAGCUUUAAACAUCCUGGCCUCAUCAGAAAGUCACAGAAAACUCAUCACGCCCAGUGAUUCUCAUCUUAUUUACUUCAAUAUUUCACUUGAAAUGUGUAAACGGGGCUGAACCUGGGACUACAGCGAUCCACACCCACGUAACAAAUACAAGAACUUAAAUAUUGUAAGCCAUAAUGAAGGUUUCUCUGCUGCUAUGUAGGUUUUCUGAAAAGAAUUCUCUCCUCUCGUCCCCAAAACGUCAUUUAACAGUAAUGUGUGUGUGAUUAGUUACAUCCACUCCUGCAACAUGUCAGCGGUUAGAGUUCAUUCUUCAGCUCAGGUUUCUAAAAUCAGCACAAAUACAAACAAAAAAAGAAAACAUAACACAAGAGUUCAGAUAUUUCUAUAAAAUGUCAGUGUUUUGUCAUCCAGCAGGAUCCGUGGUUUAACUGAGAUCGCUUCAUUUUUAUUUAUUUCGACUGUAAAAUGCGUUUCACUGCCAUUAAAGAUGUAAAGCUGUCUGAUAAUCUGGUGUUGUCACCUUAAAGGAUUCGAUGAUGAUGUGAUCAGUGUAACCACAUUUUCGUUCUUUAAGGCGAAAUUUCCAUGAAAGCUCAGAUCGCACAUGCUGAUGUAUUAUUAGCAUUUAAAAUUAAACUUGUUCUCCAAGUUUAGCUCCGAGAAGCGACGAGAGCCGCGCUGCUUAUGGCAGAAUUAAAUCGAAGAAGAAACGUUUAAAGGACAAAGUGUUUCCUUCUUUUCUAGUUUAUUUCAGUUUUUGCCAAGCA